AAGUUCUCCAUCACGUCUGGGGGCGGGGCACAUGGUUACAUGUCAUUUUCCACUGCAAGGAGGAUCAGCUGCCCUUCCUGUCUCCCUGUAGCACCGUCUUAGGCAUCUUACAUUACCGACAUUGCAGUUUAUUGCUCUGGACACAUCUGCAGUCCUCAUGCCUCCCUGCAGCAGGUCUAUGGCAUGUUCACGCAGGUGAGCAGGAACCCUAGGCAUCUUUCUUCUGGUGUUUUUCAGAGUCAGUAGAAAGGUCUGUUUAGUGUGCUAAGUUUUUGUAACUGUGACCUUAAUUGCCUACCUCCUGUAAACUGUUCAUAUCUUGAGGACUGUUCCACAGGUGCAUGUGCAAUAAUUGUUUAUGGCUCAUCGAACAAGCAUGAAUAAUAUUGUUUAAACCCUUUCCAAUAAAUGUCUGUAAAACUUAUUUGAAUUUUACCAAAUUAUCUUUAAAAUACACUCAAAUAAAAUACAAUAAGGGACGUUUCUUUUUUUUUUCUUUUUUUUUUUUUUUGCUGAGUUUAUAUAACUAGUUAAAGCUAAAGGUUUGAGAACCCCCGUGGUAGAUGAUGUACCUCAUAAACUGUCAAAGAGAAUAUUUUAAUUAGGUCUAUGAUGUAUUUCAAAAAGGAGACAACAUUUAUAUAAAUUAUAUUUCAUUUACAUUUACUUUUUUACUCGGUCAUUUUACGAGAACAGCUAGGAACUGUCGGAGCUGUAGCCCUGUUUCCGAACGACACGCUUACUUUGCUGCCACUGUACCGGAAGUUGCGUUUGUGGAGGUCAAAUCAAAUAAAACAGUCACAAUGGUGAAAAAGAAGCGCUUGAGACUGAUUGCUGAGAUGGCCCGAAAGAUCCGGGCUUAUCAAGAGCUGAAAAAUCGGCCGCGGGAUUCACAACGCUAUGCCCUGGACUAUGAAACCAUGACACGGCCGUUCACCGGUAAGAGGCUGCCAGUGCUGGCCUGGCAGGACGUGCGGAAAGAGACUCCACUCUUCAGGCUCCUGGCUGGCAUGCGCAUGUUCGGUGUGGGACGGCUCUUUACACGGAAGUCGUGGCUGGAGGAGCACACCGAGCCCUGCUACUGGAAGAUAACUAAAGUGAAAGUAGACUAUACAGCAGAGAAUAUGGACCAUGGGAAAGCGUGGGGCAUUUUGACAUUUAAAGGUAAGGAAGAAGCCUCUGAGAAGGAGAUAGAUAAGGUCAUGUAUCACGACUGGCGCUUGGUACCCAAACACGAAGAAGAGGCCUUUACACGUUUCGAGCCUGUCCCCGAACCCCCCAUCCGACAUGUGCGCUACCCACCGCUCCUGCGUGCCAUGAUGUUAGCACAGCAAGCCAAGGAGCUCGGUGUUGAUGCCAGCACCUUACCUGAACCCAGCCUACCUCUUAAACGAGAUGUUCUGCUCAGCAAAGAGUACUUCCGCAGCCAGGAACAGCAGAAAAAGGAGGGAACACCCGUGUAAGCUGAAUUCAGAAGAGAAAGAUCAAACCUGUAAUGAAUUCCUCCUGCAUUCUUUUCAGUAUGGUGUUAAUCUCAAGGUGGAUGCUGUUCUUACAACGAUUUAGGACAAGCUUUUCCUGACCAAAUGCUAACAUCGACCUUUAGACGAGAAACAUGUUCUCUGGUAAACAUGAUGUGUAUAGUAUCAUAAUGGUAGCCAUGUUUGGGAAAUUGGAAUGUUUGAAAACCAUCUUUUACCCAUUUUGUUUAAAGAUUAGGACUGUCGAAGACUCUUCCUUGGAGUCAGGCCACUGAAGGAUGAUUCAGAGACAAUUUAAACCUUAGGUUCUUUUUUGUGUUGUAUUUCCUUAAAGAGGAAGGCGUAAUCUCUCUAUGUGAUGUCCAAUACUGUACAUGCUCUGAUAAUUGCAUUUGCAUUAUUUAUAAAUAAAAAUGAAUUACUAAUGACAAAA